GGUGAACACCUUACCGUGUGGUGCACCGAUUGGCCGUUGGGAACGUGCACGGCAUCCCGUUGGGCCCUGCCUCCCAAGUGAAAGGAAGCCGGGCAGAGCAGCAGGAGGCGGGUUUGGACCUUGGACUGGGACUCUGCCCAGCCAUGGGGCCGCCCGGGCCUAGGGACACACAGGCCUUACUGGCUUUUCAGGACCCGCCAAUGGAGAAGUCAGAGUUGGAGCUGGACCCCCAGCAGUGUGACUACCAUGUGGACAGGCAGAUACUGAACGAGCAGGCGCUGGAGGAGACGGGGCAGAGGAGCCGGAGCCCCAAGUCUUUCAGAUGCACUCCUCCCAGGUGUUCAAAAGCCAUAGCCUGGGCCACCCUACAACGCUUCCUACCCAUUCUCAGCUGGCUACCCCAAUACCCGGCACGAGAGUGGCUCCUGGGGGACCUGCUAUCUGGCCUCAGUGUGGGCAUUGUACAGCUGCCACAGGGACUGGCCUAUGCCCUCUUAGCUGGGCUGCCCCCUGUCUAUGGCCUGUAUAGCUCUUUCUACCCUGUCUUUGUCUACUUUUUAUUCGGUACCUCCCGGCACAUUUCUGUGGGGGCCUUUGCUGUUCUGUCAGUGAUGGUGGGCAGUGUGACUGAGGCCCUGGUUCCCAGUGAUUCUUUUCUGGGCCCUGGAAAUAGCUCAGUAAAUGUGUCAGCCAGAGAUGCUGCCCGUGUGGAAGUGGCCUCAGCCCUGAGCCUUCUAGUUGGUGUUUUCCAGAUAGGACUGGGCCUGAUACACUUUGGCUUCGUGGUGACAUACCUGUCAGAACCCCUGGUUCGUGGCUAUACUACGGCUGCCUCUGUCCAGGUGCUCGUGUCCCAGCUCAAGCACGUAUUUGGUCUUGAUCCUGAAGACUACUCAGGGCCCCUGUCCAUGAUCUAUAUAUUGUUGGACAUCUUAUGGAAGCUGCCAAAAAGCAAUGUGAGCACCAUUAUUGUUGCUCUUGUGGCUUCAGUUCUACUCUUGGCCAUGAAGAUGAUAAACCAAAAACUGGACAAGAAGCUACCUGUACCUCUACCAGCUGAACUCAUCAUGCUCAUUGGAGCCACAGCGAUCUCUUUUGGAGUCGGCCUGAAUCACAAGUUUGGGGUGGGCAUCGUGGGUGACAUCCCUGCAGGGCUGAUGCUUCCUCGAAUACCUGACCAUCACCUCUUUAAAAAUCUGAUGGGGAAUGCAUUUGCCAUGGCUGUGGUUGGUUUUGCUAUUGCCAUCUCCCUUGGCAAGAUCUUUGGAAUGAAGCAUGGUUAUGAGGUGGAUAACAACCAGGAACUGAUUGCUCUUGGCCUCAGUAACUUCGUUGGUGGCUUUUUCCACUGUUUUCCUAUAAGCAGCUCCAUGUCCCGGAGCUUGGUGCAAGAAGGUUCUGGGGGGAACACACAGAUUGCUGGGGCCAUAUCUUCCCUUCUCAUCCUGAUUGUCAUUGUCAAAGUGGGAGAGCUUUUCAAUCAUCUUCCCAAAGCCAUCCUGGCUGUUAUCGUCAUCAUUAACCUCAAGGGCAUGUUCCUCCAGUUCUCUGAUAUCAAAUCUCUAUGGAAGUCGAACAGGGUGGACUUGUUGAUCUGGUUGGUGACCUUUGUGGCUACCAUCUUGUUGAACCUGGACAUCGGUCUGGCUGUUGCUGUAGGCUUUGCCCUGAUCUCUGUCAUCUUCCGCACUCAGCUACCCCAUUACUCUAUCCUGGGGCAAGUGCCAGACACGGACAUUUACAGAGAUGUGACUGAAUAUAAGGAGGCCAAAGAAGUUCCAGGAGUAAAGAUUUUUAGCUGUUCAGCCACUUUGUACUUUGCCAAUGCUGAAUUCUACAGACAAGCCCUCAAGGAGAAGAUUGGUCUGGAUGUCGACUUCCUCAUCUCCAAGAAGAAGAAACUGAUCAAGAGGCAAACGUGGAAUGCAAAGAAAUUACCGAAGGGAAAAAAACAAAAGAAAAAUAAUGCCCAAAAAGUAUCCUUAGAUUCCUCAAGAUCUACUGGUGUGAACGUUAAAAUCGAUGAAAUGGAGACUGGGAAUGCCAUGGAGGAUGGUAAUGCAGCCAAGUCAGUGGUCAGUGAGAAAGGCUCCUCUGCACUCACCCUGGAGACACUGGGCCUCCCCCAGCCCAACUUCCACACCCUUAUUUUGGAUCUGGGGACUCUCAACUUUGUGGAUACCGUGUGUAUCAAGACCUUGAAGAAUAUUAUCCGUGAUUUCCAGGAGGUUGAGGUGAAUGUGUAUUUGGCCGGCUGUCAUGGCACCAUGAUCACUCAAUUUGAGUCGGGGAACUUCUUUGGAGACUCCAUUACUAAGGGCCACCUCUUCGUUUCCAUCCAUGACGCUGUCACCUUCGCCCUUAAGAAGUCAGGAUCCAGAACUGUAAAGACUGUCGUGCUCUUUAGGUGACCCCUUCCUGAAGGGCGCCCAGAGUAACUCUUGUACGACAGAUUCCUGACUUUCUCCACAGGUGAGUCUCCCAGUAAUGUAAUGCCCAUUCUGUGUGGGUACCCAACCACUUCAGGGGCAACCAGUCCCUAAGUCCACUCUUCCGGUGUGCUUGCCCUGGCCAGGCCCUCCAAAAUUUAGUGAUUCUGGGGCCAGCCAGGGCAAUAAGUGGGCCUUGCUUAUCAGAACCUGCCUUGGCACCUCAGUGCCUCCUUCCUCCACUCCUCUUCCUCAGGGCCCUGCCUUGACUCCUAGGUUCCUGGAGCUCCUGGCCCUGUCCCCUCUGGGAUCAUGCUCUUGAAGACACAUUCCACAGGCCUGGGAUGUUCAGGCUUCAUUCUCCCCUUUUUGGUCAUUAUGCUCUCACCGCAUCACUUUGUUUUGUUGUUGUCUUUCCAUUUGCGUUGUUGUAGUCAUUGUGAAUAUCGUCUUUCUGGAGCUGCACACUUGACUCUGUGUCAGUUCUUAGAAGUUGUCUCACGAUUCCUUGAAUUUAUUGCUUCUUAUGUAGUACUCUUAUUACUUUGUACCGCAGCUUAUUUGACUCACUUAGCCAUCCCCAUUUCAUGAAGGUUUACCUUAUUUCUGUUUAUUUGCUACUACAAAAGUGGUCUUAUAAACUUUUGGCAUGUGUGGUACCUUCCAGUUUUUCACUUUCUUGGGGUAUGUGCUGGGUCAAACAGUAUGAACAUCUUAGUCACUUUCUUAAUUAUUGUAAUAGCAAAUAACAGUUAACAUUUACAUUUUUGCAUUGAGGUUUGCAAAGCAUUUUACAAUUAUGAUCUCAUUUGAUUGUCAUAGCAACUUUGGGAGAUAGGUGCUAUUCUUUGCCCCAUUUCACAUGAGGUAAUGGAAGCAGGCAGAGGUUAAGUGACUUGGUCAGGAUCACACAGUGUCUGAGGCAGGAUUUGAACUCAGGAUGAUCCUGGCUCCAAAUCCAACACACUAUGCCAUCUCCCUGCCAAAAUUUAUUCCCAGCAUGAUUGAACUGAUUCACAGCUCCAGCCAUGAUGCAUUAGUGUUCCUCUUCCACCAUUGACUGUUCCCAUGUUUUGUCAUCUUUGCCAAAUUUCUGGGUGUGAGAUAAAACCUCAGAUUUGUUUGUAUUUGAAUUUCUCUUAUUAGUGAUUUGGAGCAAACCUGUAUGGUUGUGAAUAGUUUGAAUUUUUUCUUUUGAGAACUAUUUGUUUGUGUCCCUGGACCACUUACUUAUCUAUUAGGAAAUAAUUCUUGCUCAAACAUUUGUUCUAGUUCCCUAUAAAUGUUGAGCCUAUACUUAGAUAUUUGAUUCAAAUUUUUUUCCCAGUUGACUGCUUCCCUUUUUCUAGUUGAUUUUAUUAGUUCAAGAACUCUGUAAUUUCAUGUUAUUGAAAUCAUUCGUUUAGUCUUUUGUGAUUAUUUCUAUUAUUUGGUUAGUGACUUCCUAUUGCCUUGCAUAGUUGUGAAAGGUACCUGAUGGAAUUCUCUUCACAUUUUUCCUCAUGCUAUGACCCCUAACAUUUAGAUUACAUACUCAUUUUCAGCUUAUUGUAGUGUAUAUUUUAAGAUGUUGGUCUAAACCUUUUUUCUCCCAGGGUUUUUCCCCCCAAUAUUUAUUAUUUAUUAUUU